AUGUCAAAAAAUUUCGCAAUAGAUAAGAAAAUAUUCCUGUUAACAGAAGGGCAAAUACACAUAACCAAUGGAAAUCACAUUAACUUAGUAAACUGUGAAGCAUCUGGUUCAUCAGCAAUGGCUGCUAUCGUUAAUCGAGUUACCGCUCUUGUUCCUAAACUCGCUCUUCCUGUAGCGCGUUAUGGUCAAUCAAAACUCUCUCGAUUCUGGUACUUUGCACGUGUUGAACUUCGACCACCAAUGCCUGGCGAAUUCGACCAAGUUCAACGAGGAAUACAACAAAUUGUUAAAUCUGCUUCAACCGGUGCCUGGCGUAAUCUAACUGUAAAGCAAUUCGGACUGAACACUCUCGUCGGUCUGGAAGUUAUGUUUUGGUUUUACAUAGGAGAAUGCAUCGGCCGUGGUAGCAUCAUUGGCUAUCGGCCUGGACGCAGUGAAGGCAUCCCAGCUCCUUAUAAAUAUUUCAUAUGUAAAAUGACUGAUGAAAUGAAUGAGACAUUUAUGAUUCGUGCAUCAACGCCGGAAAAAGCGAACGAUGACAACGAAACGACGACGGAAAAAAUUCAGACGAAAUUAACUCAAGUUCAGCUGAAAACGACAUUGAGCGAUGGACUCAAUUCACAUGUUACAACGCAACGGCAUCAAGCAUCAUCCAUAGAGCUGAUUAGUUUACCGAAAGCCCGUGAGAGUAUUGUGUUUCCAAAUGUAAUUGAUCUAAAUGUUGGCGGUUGCCGUUAUACGACUAGCCUGUCAACACUACGUAAAUAUGAAGAUUCAAUGUUAGCUGUUAUGUUCAGUGGACGAUACGAUCUGACCAAAGAUAAAGAUGGAAAUAUUUUUAUAGAUCGCGAUGGAACGUAUUUUGGACAUAUUUUGAAUUACUUGCGUUGUGAUCAAAUGCCUCCAGAAUCUGUCGCAUUACAUGUUCUCCGUGAAGGUGAACUGUUCUGUAUUCAUUCGUUAAUCGCUAAAUUAGAAGGUUCCAGUCCGUAUGUUAUCUCCUUACGUCGUCGAGAAUCAUUUCGUCGAUUGAUACCCGACUAUGAACAUAUGAAAAUCGAUAUUAUCAAUCGUUCCGGUGAAAAACGUUCUUCAUUCCACGAAUCACGAGUCGUCAUUACUCAAUUGGAUCAUCCAAAGUUGAAAGGAACCAUUCCCUGUUAUAAUUGUAGUCGCGAAUUUGUUACGGUUAAUCAUGCUUGCGCAUUCGAAGGAUUAACAGCUGAUUUAGAAAUUCAACAACAACUGAAACCGACACAAUCAGAUAUUCAUAUCGACAUGGACAAACUUAUUGCUUUUGUUGUUGAUGAGUUAGUUCACGAUGGUUUCAAAGCCUCAGUUGAACGUGUCACAUGUCGAUUCAGCGUUCGCUGUCAAAGUUGUACACUUAGCGGUUUAUAUACCGCUGGCGGAAUUCUUGCUCCGCGCGAAUGUCAAAACGUAGCCCAUGUCAUUAAAUUCAUCUGGUCAUAG